AUGGCCUCCACAACCUCCCUUCCCGCCAAGCGGGCCACUCGUCGCGGUGUGUCUCGUCUCGAUUCCGAAUACUCGUCUCCUUCCACGGCGGAUGUCUCGCCCGUCGAUUCUCCCCGGCCCUCGGCCUCGUCUACCUCGCUGUCGUCGCUUGCCUCGGAGGAGGCGGUCGAGCAGAAGGAUUUGGGCGUGCUCCUGGACGCCUACGGCAACGCCUUUGAGCCUCCGGAUUUCACCAUCAAGGAGAUUCGCGAUGCCAUCCCCGCCCACUGCUUCAAGCGGUCCGCUCUCAAGGGCUACUUGUACAUCUUCCGCGAUAUCGUGUGCCUCGCCACCACCUUCUACAUCUUCCACAACUACGUGACCCCCGAGACCAUUCCCUCGACGCCCGCCCGCGCCGGUCUCUGGGCCCUCUACACGGUGCUUCAAGGCUUCUUCGGCACCGGUCUCUGGGUCAUUGCCCACGAGUGCGGCCACGGCGCCUUCUCCGAGUCCAAGGCCAUCAACAACUUCACCGGCUGGGUUCUCCACUCCUCGCUCCUCGUGCCCUACUUCAGCUGGCAGCUCUCCCACUCUGCUCACCACAAGGCCACUGGCAACAUGGAGCGCGACAUGGUCUUCGUGCCCCGCACUCGCGAGGAGCAGGCCACCCGCCUCGGCAAGAUGGCGCACGAGCUCGGCGAGUUGACCGAGGAGACCCCCAUCUACAACCUCAUGAUGCUCAUCGCCCAGCAGCUCGUCGGCUGGCCCAACUAUCUCAUGACCAACGUCACCGGCCACAACCACCACGAACGCCAGCGUGAGGGUAGGGGAAAGGGCAAGCACAAUGGUACCGGCGGUGGUGUCAACCACUUCGACCCCCGCAGCCCCCUCUACGACAACAAGCACGCUGGUCUUAUUGUCAUGAGCGAUAUUGGCAUCAUUCUGGCCGGUUCCGCCCUCUACUACCUCGGUAACCGUUUCGGCUGGUCCAACAUGCUCGUGUGGUACUUUAUUCCCUACCUCUGGGUCAACCACUGGCUUGCACACCGACCCCUCGCUCCUCACUACCACUCGGAGGAGUGGAACUUUGUCCGUGGCGCUGCCGCGACCAUCGACCGUGAGAUGGGCUUCAUCGGCCGCCACCUCCUUCACGGCAUCAUCGAGACCCACGUCCUCCACCACUAUGUCAGCACCAUUCCCUUUUACAACGCCGACGAGGCGUCGGAUGCCAUCCGAAAGGUCAUGGGCAAGCACUACCGUGCUGAUACCAAGGACGGCCCGUGGGGCUUCCUCCGAGCCAUGUAUACCUCGGCGAGGUCUUGCCAGUGGGUUGAGCCUAGUGCCGGCGCCAAGGGCGCGGGCAAGAAGAUUCUCUUCUUCCGCAACCGCAACGGCAUUGGCCCCAAGCCCCUCAACUCGGAGCAGUACAAGGCGCUGGCGCAGUCCAACUAG